UUGUCAUCGAUCGAGCUCAAUUCCAUUGCGCCGAUCACACGCUAAGGCUAGAGACAGAGAUCGCAACGAGCGAUGGCGCCGAUGAUGACCGUGCCGCCGAGCCCCGGCAGGCCGGCGAGAUCGCUCGCCGGGCACGUGCGGUCGGCGAGCGUGCCGUGCCACUGGCACCCGCUGCUGAUGCACGUCGACGACCAGCUCCUCGCUCUGCGCUCGUGGACGUCGAACCCGGGCCAGAACCCGCUGUCGCUGGCCCACGUCAGGGCGCUCCUCUGCGUGCUCGACGAGCUGCUGCACCUCCCGCUCGCUCAGGGCGCUCUCGUCCUCGGCGCCGCCGCUUGCACGGACAGCCUUCUCAACGGCUUCCUCGUCCUGGCCGACGCCUUUGGCUCCUUCCUCGCCGCACUCCUCGCGCUCAGGCAUCACGCGUCCGAGCUGCGGGCCGCCUUGCGGAGGCGCGACCCCACCAAGGUCGCGUCCGCCGCUCGCGCCCAGAGGAAGGCCGCGAAGGAGCUCGAACAGCUCGCCGCUGCCGUGGCGCGCGAGGCCGCGAGGUGCGCCAGGGCCAGCCUGGCGUCCUCCACAGAGCUGGAGGUCGCGCGGACGGUAGCCGAAGCCAUCAACGACACCGCGGUGGCGUCGGCUUCCGUCUUCUUGGAAGUCGGCUCAGUAGCCGACGCCGCGGCGGCCCUGGCGGCGUCGUCGUCAUCCUCCUCGUCCAAGAAGCAGAGGCUGGCGCUGGCGAACGCUUCGUCCAGGAGCAAGAGGCCUGCCACUGCCAGUGAGGAGCAGAGAGAGUUGGUGGCGCUGGAGAAGCUGCAGGAGCUGGAGCAGUGCAUCGGGGAGCUGGAGAGCGAGAGCGAGAAGGUGUUUAGGAGUCUAGUGCAGACUAGGGUUUCCUUGCUCAACAUUCACACACCAACAUUUUAAUUAGACAUGGUGGUGAAGGUUGAUGCAUAAAUCGAAUAAAGUUUAUAAUUAAAAGAUUAAUUUUUUAGGCUGUGAUAUAUAUUCAUGAGAGAAAACUAAUGCGCUUAUGUAUGUAUGUGAUUACUGCAGUAAGACAAUAAGAGUGGAAAU